GCUUGAAACGGUGACCCUUGUAGUUACCAAUGAUGCGUCCUAAUAUUCGCGACUGGCGCCACCUUCUUCAUAAGAAAUUCUCGCGUUCAACGGGCCGUCUUGGAGGUCAAAGGCUCAAUGGACUUUGAUGCAUCUGAACAUGAUGAGCGUGAUGCGCACAAUGGUGCCAACAAUACUACCAAAGAGGAUGGGACUGGGCCAGCAUGUCGAGCAUGUCGAAAGAAGAAGGCCAAAUGCUCCAGACAGCGACCCUGCUCUCACUGUCUCAGAAACGACAUAACUUGCCAGUACGACGCCGAGAAAGGGAAGCCAGGCAUGAAAGCAGGCGCGAUCGAUCGACUCACCAAACGCAUAGAUGAUCUUGAAAGCAUGUUUUUGGGCCAAGGCGUUUUGAUUCACCAACUCUUGGAUUGUCUACAAACAAAAGGCAUCCACGAGCCGGUUUCCACUCCUUCAACGAACAGCUUAGCCGGCUACACUUCACAAGUCCGGCAGACCCUUCAUGAUCUUGGCCAAAAACGUUCUGCAGGAAGUGAUUUGACAUCAGCGUCCACCACGGGGCCAGCAAAACGUCGACGAGUCGAGCAGCAAGCGACACUAGGAUCACCCUCGAAUUUGCAGCACGAAUCUGCCGACAACGGCUUCCUCCCUCCGGAUCUGGUGGAUACAUUGGUUGAGAUCUAUUUCGAUCGAAUUCAUCCCUGGAUCCCUAUCCUACACGUUCGUCAAUUUCGACAACGAAUGGUGGUCCCGACGGAACGAUUGAAGCUGUCUACCAUUUUGCGCGCCAUUGUAUCGGUUACUGUCCGCUUUCAGAAUGAUCAUCGACUUGGCGAUGCAGAGGCAAAGCUACGACUGGCGCAAUUGAGCAGACAAGCAGUAAUUCUACAAAGCAUGGAGUCCUUCUCUGUAGAAAAUUUGCAAGCUCUGAUCAUAUGCGCAUUCGACACGAUUGGAAGUGGUCGGGGUCCUUCGGCAUGGUCGAUCGUUGGCAGCAUGGCAAGAACAGUCGAACAACUACAACUCAGCAUUGAAGACGAAGAUCAAGCCUCAAUACCAGGUGUUACCCAGGCGCUUGUUAAACGAAUGCAUUUCCUCCCUUCCUGCAAAGACUGGACCGAAAGAGAAGAGCGCCGCCGGGUUUUCUGGAAUGUCUUUCUGAUGGAUCGAUUUUGCAGCAUAGCCACUGGAUGGAAUGUGUGCCUGACUAGUGCUGAUGUCAAAAGACGACUGCCAUGCGAAGGAGCACUCUGGGAAGAAGGUCGAUCUCUGGAGACCCCGACCCCUUAUUUCGGGGUCUCAGAUCCUCCUUGUGAUGCUAGACAGCACUUGCCAAACGUUCGAUCUGAGGAGGCUGAUCAAGCUUCUUUGGGCGGAUUCGCUUAUUGUAUCGAGGCCACUGAGAGCUUGAGUCUCGUCACGUCUUUCUUCCUACAGCAAGCGGUGGACGUCGCCAAGGCGCAUGAUGUUCAGCUUUGGCUGAUGAGGUUCAAACAACUGGACCUUCGUUUAGUACAAUGGAAGCUAUUCCUACCAGAGCGUUGGAGAGAAGCAUGCGCCUUGAAUAGCGAUGGAAACAUGGAUCCAAAUCUUACCCUAGCGCAUAUUACACACAACACCGCUGUCGUGCUCUUACACCAAGGCAUUGCAUAUCCUUCGUCAGAGUGGCAGUCACUUCCCAUCAAUCUGCCGUCUGCAGCGAGCGCCAAAACCUGCAUGGCAGCUGCGGUGGAAGUUUCUAUCAUUACGGAUGAAUUCCUUCGGAACAGCAAAUGUCUCACAAAUCCUCAAUUCGCAUUCUGUCUUUUCAUAUGCGGCCGAAUGCUCAUUACCCACUCCCUUUACUAUAGCAUCCCGCUUCCCCGGCAGUUCGACAGCCUUCUUGAAAGUCUCAUGGAGAUGGCAAAUAGGUGGAAUGGGGAUCCCUCGGCGCCGGGUGGCAAUCUCUCUUCUAAAUUUGCGUUGCGUCUGAACCACGCACGAAAUUAUGGUGACCAAACUUUGGACAUUCGACAGGCUGCGUACCCUGAACAUCAAUUGGGCACGGCGAAGGGUAGUUCAGACGACAUUCAACAAGGCAACGGUGCUUCCGGCGUAGCGCACAGCAUGCCGGGAGCUUGUGGGGAGAAUCCGCCAGGGGCUACGGGCCAAUGUGAAACUCCUGAUAGCAUCACGCUCGCAUUUCCCCCUCUUCCUCUCGCAUUCCAGGCGCAGCCAUCUAGUAAAGACCCGACCGCCAUGCCAUCUCCCAACCUCGAUUACCUGGGCUACACAUCACUGGGUCAAGGCAAUGAACACACUAUUCAGAGUAACGGAGCGUCGUCAAUCCCAGAAGGAUUGCCAUUCGAUGGAAAUGGGCAAAUAGCCUUUGAAGAUCUAGGUUCAUUUCUUGACUGUUCAUUUCUACCCAAUCAGCGAGUCAGCGCGUUUUCCUCAUAGCCCUCUCUUGUUCAACGGAAUCAAUCCGAAAUCCAACAAGCGAUUUCCUAAAAGUAUGAAGAAGUAGUCGGCGUAGACAAGUCCAUGAUCAGCCCAUCUCCGAGGAGCGAAUUCAUAAUUGUUGAUAGUCGCACCGUUCAAAAUCGUCUCGCUCUCGCCCAUAUCUACCCCAAGAGUGGUGUUCGUGAUGGAGCCAUGCUCAACUGUUUCAAUGUCAUGCUUGGUUGCGGUGAACGAAGCUUUGUGGUUGAU